AAGCUUUUCAGUCCUGGUUUUGGGGCGGCUAGGCACAGCUAGCACGGAGGGCUGUACAGAUGUUGUGGCACGCAACUUUGUCCUGUCAUUUUUGGGACAUACGCUGCUAGCAAUGCAGCAGUAGAUAAGUACACGACAGAUUUAAUACGUUGGACAAGUGCCAGGGUUAGAUACCCUAAAGAGCAGAUCAAUUGUUCAACAAUAGCUUGCUAGCUACUGUAACUUGUAACGUUAGGGUUACUAGCUUUGGAAGCUUGUUAGCUGAGAAUAAUGACAGCCAGUCCGGACGACUGGCAAUAAAUAUAUUUGUGCUUUCUGGAUUGUUGUUUGCGUUGUCCCGGUUUGGUUGCAAAUGUAUGCAGCCAGGUAGUUCGCAAGAUUUGCACGCAACCUGUCAGAUUGAGUGACAGCUCGCGUCUGCAGGGUAGGCCAAACUUAGCCCCUGUAGCGUCGCUCAAGCGAUUCUUUAUUUUUUUGAUCACCUUUGGCUAGCUUUUCAUUUGGCAGUGUUUUUUUUGGUGUUUUCCCUAUGUAAAUCGGGCUUUUACAUUUUGCGGUGAUGACUUUAGAAUCCAUGAUGGCUUGUUGCUUGAGUGAGGAGGCGAAGGAGUCAAAACGAAUCAACGCUGAGAUCGAUAAGCAGCUUCGCCGAGACAAGAGAGAUGCAAGGAGGGAGCUGAAACUGCUUCUGUUGGGCACGGGUGAGAGUGGCAAGAGCACCUUCAUCAAGCAGAUGCGUAUCAUCCAUGGGACGGGCUAUACGGACGAGGACAAGCGCAGCUUCACCAAGCUGGUCUACCAGAACAUCUUCACCUCCAUGCAGUCCAUGAUCCGCGCCACCGAGAACCUCAACAUCCAGUUCAAGUACGAACAGAACAAGCCCAACGCACUGCUGGUGCGCGAGGUGGACGUGGAGAAGGUGUCUUCGUUCGACCAGCCCUACAUCAGUGCAAUAAAGAUGCUCUGGACAGACCCUGGCAUCCAGGAAGCCUACGACCGCAGGAGGGAAUACCAGCUGUCCGACUCCACCAAAUACUACCUUAGUGAUCUGGAGCGUAUCGCCGAGUCGUCCUACCUGCCGACCCAGCAGGAUGUGCUUAGGGUUCGCAUCCCCACCACAGGGAUUAUAGAGUACCCUUUCGACUUGCAAAGCAUCAUUUUCAGGAUGGUGGAUGUGGGGGGUCAGAGGUCGGAGAGGAGGAAGUGGAUCCACUGCUUCGAGAACGUCACCUCCAUCAUGUUCCUGGUGGCGCUGAGCGAGUACGACCAGGUCCUGGUGGAGUCUGACAACGAGAACCGGAUGGAGGAGAGCAAGGCUCUGUUUCGGACCAUCAUCACGUAUCCCUGGUUUCAGAACUCCUCUGUGAUUCUCUUCCUCAACAAGAAAGACCUCCUUGAGGAGAAGAUCGUCUACUCUCAUCUGGUGGACUACUUCCCUGAGUUUGAUGGGCCCCAGAGAGAUGCUCAGGCAGGCCGGGAGUUCAUCCUGAAGAUGUUCGUGGACCUGAACCCCGACAGCGACAAGAUCAUCUACUCCCACUUCACCUGCGCCACGGACACCGAGAACAUCCGCUUUGUGUUCGCCGCUGUCAAGGACACCAUCCUGCAGCUCAACCUGAAGGAGUACAACCUGGUCUGAGGAGGAGAGGAGGGGGUACAACCUGGUCUGAGGAGGAGAGGAGGGGGUACAACUUGGUCUGAGGAGGGGAGGAACCCUGGGCCGCAGACAGCACAGAGUGCACAAGCACACAACAAACACACACACUGGCAUAUAUAUACAUAUAUAUGUGUAUAUAUAUAUAUAUAUAGAGAGAGAAAUCUACGUACAAGGCACUACAGUCCACACACGCGCACGCACUCAACAUACCCACACACCGUCCAACACCUUUCAUCCAGCCCCCAUCAUCCAGCCCCCAUCAUCUUCUAGCCUCUUGUUCUUUUAUUGUUCUUGACGGGUUGGGUGAGUUGUUGUUUUUUCUCCAUCCCCUGUCCCUCCCCGUAGACCCUCCUGCCCUCUCCCUGGUCUCCUGACAGCCCACCUGACCAGGGGCUGCCCUGCCUCUGCCUGUCCCCAGAC